AUGGCCUCCGGGAGCGUGGCCGAGUGCUUGCAGCAGGAGACCACCUGCCCCGUGUGCCUGCAGUACUUUGCCGAGCCCAUGAUGCUCGACUGCGGCCACAACAUCUGUUGCGCGUGUCUCACCCGCUGCUGGGGCGCGGCGGAGACCAACGUGUCGUGUCCGCAGUGCCGGGAGACCUUCCCGCAGCGGCACCUGCGGCCCAACCGGCACCUGGCCAACGUGACCCAGCUGGUGAAGCAGCUGCGCACCGAGCGGCCGUCGGGGCCCGGGGGCGAGAUGGGCGUGUGCGAGAAGCACCGCGAGCCGCUGAAGCUGUACUGCGAGCAGGACCAGAUGCCCAUCUGCGUGGUGUGCGACCGCUCCCGCGAGCACCGCGGCCACAGCGUGCUGCCGCUCGAGGAGGCGGUGGACGGCUUCAAGGAGCAAAUCCAGAACCAGCUGGACCACCUGAAAAGAGUGAAGGACUUGAAGAAGAGGCGCCGGGCGCAGGGAGAGCAAGCGCGGGCUGAACUCUUGAGCCUGACCCAGAUGGAGAGGGAGAAGAUUGUCUGGGAGUUCGAGCAGCUCUAUCACUCCUUGAAGGAGCAUGAGUACCGCCUCCUGGCCCGCCUCGAGGAGCUGGAUCUGGCCAUCUACAACAGCAUCAAUGGCGCUGUCGCCCAGUUCUCCUGCAACAUCUCCCACCUGAGCGGCCUGAUCGCCCAGCUGGAAGAGAAGCAACAACAACCCACCAGGGAGCUCCUGCAGGACAUCGGGGACACAUUGAGCAGAGCUGAAAGAAUCAGGAUCCCUGAGCCCUGGAUCACACCUCCAGAUCUGCAAGAGAAAAUCCACAUUUUUGCACAAAAAUGUCUAUUCUUGACCGAGAGCCUGAAGCAGUUCACAGAAAAAAUGCAGUCAGAUAUGGAGAAAAUCCAAGAAUUGAGAGAAGCUCAGUUAUACUCAGUGGAUGUGACUCUGGACCCAGACACAGCCUACCCCAGCUUGAUCCUCUCCGAUAACCUGCGGCAAGUGCGGUACAGUUACCUCCAGCAGGACCUGCCUGACAACCCCGAGCGGUUCAAUCUCUUUCCCUGUGUCUUGGGCUCUCCAUGCUUCAUCGCUGGGAGACAUUACUGGGAGGUAGAGGUGGGAGAUAAAGCCAAGUGGACCAUAGGUGUCUGUGAAGACUCGGUGUGCAGAAAAGGUGGAGUCACUUCGGCCCCCCAGAAUGGAUUCUGGGCAGUGUCCUUGUGGUAUGGGAAGGAAUACUGGGCUCUUACCUCCCCAAUGACUGCCCUCCCCCUGCGGACCCCUCUCCAGCGGGUGGGGAUUUUCUUGGACUAUGAUGCUGGCGAGGUCUCCUUCUACAACGUGACAGAGAGGUGUCACACCUUUACUUUCUCUCACGCUACCUUCUGUGGGCCUGUCCGGCCCUACUUCAGUCUGAGUUACUCGGGAGGGAAGAGCGCAGCCCCUCUCAUCAUCUGCCCCAUGAGCGGCAUCGAUGGGUUUUCUGGCCAUGUUGGCAGUCAUGCUCAUUCCAUGGAGACCUCCCCUUGAGGAGGUGACCCUGGGCCAGGAGGGCUGUUGGCCAUAAUCCUACCCUAGGCAUAAGGCCUCUUGUUGCCUUGCCUCCUUCCGCUCGUCACGGCUGGAAGCCCUGGCCACUCCCCAUGAGCUGCCGUGGGAGACGGGUGUCCACUCUCCUUUCCCUUCCCAGGCAAACUGUCAGAUUGCCCAGAAAUAAAAACCCGGUGUUGCCACACUUCCGGUUCUACACGUUACUGGAGGGGUAUAAAGAGUAGGGAUAUAGCCCCUGGAGAGCCAUCCGGAUGCCUCCCUGUGGCUCGGCCUGGCUCCCCCGGUUCAGCCCCACAUAGUGGUCGUGGAUAUCUGCCGUUUUCCGGACCAGGGCUCCUUUCUAAGAACUCGGAGUGGACCUACCUGGCCUGUCAGCAUGGCUCCCUCUAACCCGGUUUUUCCUUUGGGAAUAGUACCUCUACCCCUAGUUCCCAUUCUGCCGUAGUUUUAUUAACUCCAUUAAAGAGGCCUAUAUGUGUUUUGAUUAGUUACAGUUAUUCUACAAUAAUGGUGGGAAAUGGCCCCACCUCUGUUACGAGAUAAUGUUCUAAUCAAUGUGCUCUCUGCCUCUGUGUCUUUUCCGAGGGCUUUGUCUGCUCCCUUCAUUCUAAUGAAAGGUGUAUCCUGGUGUCGGGUGCACGUCAUCCAGGAUAAUUUUCUGCCAGCACCAUCCAUUGUUCCUAGAUCCCCUCCCACUCACGUUUGUGGACUGACGGUCAGUCAUACACCGUCCCUGGAAUGAUCCUGAGGCAGUGUUCCGGGGACUCCCUGACUUCUUGCCUCCUUUUCUCCAUUUCCUUUGGGGAAUGGGGGAAUUGACCUUUCUGAUAUGUGUACCAUCAAGGGGCAGUUCCAUCCCCAUAGCCAUUGGGUCACGAGGCAUUCUGGGGCCAGAAGUCUAAGGCAGAUGACCACAGUGGUUCUUAAUCCUGCUUCCCUUUGGGUACGUGGCCCUCUGUUUGAAAAUAAAGUGAGUAUGGAUGUUGUUUACAUUGUUGUUUUCUGGGUCUUGGUAGGAUUGGGUUCGUAGAGGUUGGAAUGGGAUUGAAGGGGUUGGUGGAUGGUGUUGAUUUCUGCUAAGGGUCCAGAAUCCUGUUCUGGCCAAUAUUGUACUUCAAACUGGAUGAUAAAGCUACUUUGCAGUACCACGUCACUGUCCCACGGUGUUGAGAAGGUAGUGUUGUCCGUCCACAAUUUCACCAGGAAAGGGUUCUCUCAAGUCCUUUUUAUCACUGGCAGUGGGAUGAUGCAGCAAUGCUUGGCAGAGACCAGAGGGCCCAGACCACCAGCCUAAGCCCCUGGGGGUGCAAAGGCUGCCACGUGCCGAGGAGGCAAGACCAGGCUGAGAGAACAGCUUCGUUGCUGUUUUGGAUUUGGAUUUGCAUCUUUGCUGCAUCUGGACGUGGCCUCAGAAGACAAGACUGUAUGGUCUAUACUCCGUCCUAUACAGAGCAUUGAGGUUCCAUGGCUGAAGAUCAUGAAUUGGGAUAUCAUGUCCUAAUUUAUUCAUCUCUUCAUUCUGUUAAAGGGAAUAACAUAACCAGGACCUAUAGAGAGGGGCUCCCACGAGGAGACGGUGUAUGUAUGUAAAAUACUACUAACGUAGACACGGACCAAGGUACACAGUAGUUUUUGAAUGGUCCUAACAGCCCUACUUUGUAGGGUUGCCCUUAGUUUGGAGAUGCAGAAACAGCAGCA